CGGCAGCAGUCAGCAGGCAGCUGGGCCGGCCUGGCCGGGCUCCAGAGGCGCGGAGCGGGUUAAACUAUAAAGGCCGCCGCGCCGCGGAGCUGCCACUGGGCUGCGCGCCUCCCGGGAACCCCCUCUCGUGGGUGCUCUUUGAAGUGGAGGAGGGAGGCGGCGAGAGGGAGGAGAAGGAAGGGAGAGAGGCCCAGCCCGCCGCCCUCUGCGCCCCGAGGCUCCCCCGCACCGCGCACCUGGCGCCGCCUGCCCGCAGCAGAGGCUCGGCCCCUUUCGUCCGAGGACAACCUGCUGACCCCCGGCCAGGAUGGAUGGCAGAUGGCAGCCUUCACGCUGGGCCUGGUCCCUGCUGGCUGUGGCACUUGUGGCUGGGGGUGCAUCGUCCACAGGGGCCGUGGACAACAGCCCAACAUCCAACAGCCUGGAGGCGGGCACCGAUGCCACCGCCUACUGGUGGGGAGAGUGGACCAAGUGGACGGCGUGUUCCCGCAGCUGCGGGGCUGGGGUGACGUCCCAGGAGCGGCACUGCCUGCAGCAGAGGAGGACGUCUGUCAUGGGCACUGGGAACCGGACCUGCACGGGCACGUCCAAGAGGUACCAGCUCUGCAGAGUACAGGAGUGUCCGCCGGACGGGAGGAGCUUCCGCGAGGAGCAGUGCAUCUCCUUCAAUUCCCGUGUGUACAACGGGCGGACGCACCAGUGGAAGCCGCUCUAUCCCGAUGACUAUGUGCACAUCUCCAGCAAGCCGUGCGACCUGCACUGCACCACCGUGGAUGGCCAGCGCCAACUCAUGGUCCCCGCCCGCGACGGCACGUCCUGCAAGCUUGCCGACCUGCGAGGGGUCUGCGUGUCUGGAAAAUGUGAGCCCAUCGGCUGUGACGGGGUGCUCUUCUCCACCCACACGCUGGACAAGUGUGGCGUCUGCCAGGGGGACGGAAGCAGCUGCACCCACGUGACAGGCAACUACCGCAAGGGGAACACCCACCUGGGUUACUCUCUGGUGACCCACAUCCCGGCCGGUGCCCGAGACAUCCAGAUUGUGGAGCGGAAGAAGUCUGCGGACGUCCUAGCUCUUGCAGAUGAAGCCGGCUACUACUUCUUCAAUGGCAACUUCAAGGUGGACAGCCCCAAGAACUUCAACAUCGCCGGCACCGUGGUCAAGUACAGGCGGCCCAUGGACGUGUACGAGACGGGAAUCGAGUACAUCGUGGCGCAGGGGCCCACCAACCAGGGCCUGAACGUCAUGGUGUGGAACCAGAACGGCAAAAGCCCUUCCAUCACCUUCGAGUACACGCUGCUGCAGCCGCCGCACGCCCACCGCAUCCAGCCCGUCUACUACAGCUUCUCGGAGCCCACCGCAGACAGCACGGAGAGCCAGGAGCUGGACGGGGCUGGGCUGGUGGGCUUCCUUCAGCACAACGGCUCCCUCUACGGCCAGGCCUCCUCGGAGCAGCUGGGCCUGGACAACCGACUGUUCGGCCACCGGGGCCCGGGGAUCGAGCUGGGUCUGAGCAAAGGCCAGGAGACCAACGAGGUGUGCGCGCAGGCCAGCGGCAGGGCCUGCGAGGGGCCCCCCAGGGGCAAGGGCUUCCGAGACGGCAACGCCACCGGGACGGCUCAUGCGGGACACCAGGAUGACCAAGAGACCGGCGCCCAUUUUACCUCCCAGGAGCUCCUCUCGGCCAACGCCAUCUCCGACCAGCUCCUGGACACGGACUCCGACUCCAGGGAGGUCCCCCUCAAUGAGACCAGCAACAGCAUCUUUGCACAGGGCGCCCCGAGGGGCUCCCCGGCCGACAGCCUCUACGUCGAGUACGAGGAGAACGAGGGAGCCGGUGCUUACCUGCUCAACGGGUCCUACCUGGAGCUGAGCACUGACAGAGUGGCCAACACCUCCUCCGAGGCCCCGUUCCCCAACGCCAGUGCCAGCCUCCCUGCCUUGGCUGGGAACAGGACGCAGAAAGCCAGGACCAGGCCCAAGACGCGCAAGCACGGCGUGAGUCCCGCGGACAUGUACCGGUGGAAGCUCUCGUCCCACGAGCCCUGCAGCUCCACCUGCACCACAGGUACCCGUGACGGGUGCCGAAGGGCGGCACCUGCUGAGCCCACCUCGCCGGUGGGUGCGAGUCCGGGCUUCGGAGCCCAUGCACCUGCUUGUAGCCCCCAGUUGCCCACAGGGAGCUUAUCUAGCAGUUUCCUGACCCACGAGGCACAAGCUUCUGGCUUACAGCCCAGGGCCUGGGGCUCCAUCUGCCGCCAGCUCUGGUCCCCUCCCCCUGGGGACUGCUGCAAGGUCAGAUGCCAGACCCAGGUCCGGGACCUGUGGCAAAUGCCGUGCCCGUCCCGAGGCAGGUGGGAGACUAGCAGCUGGAGCGAGUGCUCGCGCACCUGCGGCGAGGGCUACCAGUUCCGCAUCGUGCGCUGCUGGAAGAUGCUCUCGCCCGGCUUCGACAGCUCCGUGUACAGUGACCUGUGCGAGGCGGCCGAAGCCGUGCGGCCUGAGGAGCGCAAGACGUGCCGGAACCCGGCCUGCGGGCCGCAGUGGGAGAUGUCUGAGUGGUCAGAGUGCACGGCCAAGUGUGGGGAACGCAGCGUGGUGACCAGGGACAUCCGCUGCUCGGAGGAUGAGACACUGUGUGACCCCAACACCAGGCCUGUGGGGGAGAAGGACUGCACGGGCCCUCCUUGCGACCGCCAGUGGACAGUCUCCGACUGGGGGCCGUGCAGUGGGAGCUGCGGGCAGGGCCGCAUGAUCAGACACGUGUACUGCAAGACCAGCGACGGACGGGUGGUGCCCGAGUCUCAGUGCCAGAUGGAGGCCAAGCCUCUGGCCAUCCACCCCUGCGGGGACAAGAACUGCCCCGCCCACUGGCUGGCCCAGGACUGGGAACGGUGCAACACCACCUGUGGCCGAGGUGUGAAAAAGAGGCUGGUACUGUGCAUGGAGCUGGCCAACGGGAAGCCGCAGACGCGCAACGGCCCCGAGUGCGGCCUGGCCAAGAAGCCCCCGGAGGAGAGCACGUGCUUCGAGAGGCCCUGCUUCAAGUGGUACACCAGCCCCUGGUCUGAGUGCACCAAGACCUGCGGGGUGGGAGUGCGGAUGCGAGACGUGAAGUGCUACCAAGGCACCGACAUCGUCCGGGGCUGCGACCCGCUGGUGAAGCCCGUUGGCAGACAGGCCUGUGACCUGCAGCCUUGCCCCACGGAGCCCCCAGACGACAGCUGCCAGGACCAGCCGGGCACCAACUGCGCCCUGGCCAUCAAGGUGAACCUCUGCGGCCACUGGUACUACAGCAAGGCAUGCUGUCGCUCCUGCCGGCCCCCCCACUCCUAGGCCCGGCGGCCGCUCCUCAGAGACCGAGCACCCCAUCCCUGGGGCCACAGCAGCCCCUCCACGGACACCCUCCGUGCAGGGCGCCCCGGCUGUGAAGACGUGACACUGAGCCCCUGCUCUCUCCCCGGGCAGGAGAGCCCCUCCCCUGACCCCCAACCCCCGAGCGCGCCCGUCGGCCCUCCCAGGACAGAGCCGGGAGGACUGGCGCGUUUGUGGCUCCCACCCGGGGGCCUGGGAACAUCCUCUGUCCCUCCAGGGCUGUGGGGGUGAGGAGAGGGGGAUGGGCAGCCAGGGAGACGGGGCGCCUGGGAUCCUGAUGCUGUCUAGGUGACUCCUUCCGGAGGAAUUUUAAUCUCACGACGUAGCAUCGCUCGCCUCCCUGAUACGAAGCUCUUGGCACGGAGGGACCCACCGCACUUUACACCUGGGAAGAGGCGUUUUUCUCACAGCACCAUGGCUGUGCUGUCGUCCGUCAGUGCUCUCUGUACGUUAAUAAAGUGGUCCUAUUUAUGGCGGCA